GUCUCAACGACGAAGUAGGCGACCUGCUGUGGGUCCCAAGGAGACGGUGGUUGCAGCUAUGCAACAGUUUUAUAGAAGUUGUGCUAAAGAACAUCUUCCAGCUGCAGCAGUACAACCACAGCCACAGGGACAAGAACAUCAACAAUUAGUAGACUUUAAGAACAUACAACAAGUACAAGACACAACUUCAUCUCCAC